AUGACUGGGGGAGGAAAUAUUACAGAGGUCACUUAUUUCAUCCUUUUGGGAUUCUCUGAUUUCCCCAGAAUCCUAGCAGUGCUCUUUGUUGUAUUCCUGCUCAUCUACAUUAUAUCCCAAUUGUGUGCCAUACUUCAGCUUCACUUCUGUGGGCCUAAUGUCAUCAACCACUUCUUCUGUGACAUGCCCCAGUUGUUAGUCCUGUCCUGCACUGACACUUUCUUUGUACAGCUAUUGCUUGCUAUAGUAACAAUGAUCUUUGGGGUAGUUAAUGCUCUCAUUAUCAUGGUAUCCUACUGUUAUAUUGUCAUCUCCGUCAUGAAGAUCACUUCAGCUAAAGGCAGGUCCAAGGCUUUCAACACCUGUGCUUCUCAUCUAACAGCAGUUUCCCUCUUUUAUAUCUCGAGUGUCUUUGUCUAUUUGAGUUCCAGCUCUGGCGGUUCCUCCAGUUUUGACAGAUUUGCAUCAGUAUUCUACACCGUGGUUAUCCCCAUGUUGAAUCCUUUGAUUUACAGUCUGAGGAACAAGGAAAUCAAAGAUGCCUUGAGGAGUUUACAGAAGAAGAGAUGGUACUGCUGA